UUUUCACUUAAAACGAAAUUGAUUAAUUGAUUUAUGAAUGUCAUAAGCAGGAUUGUUUUGAUUUAUUUAUUUAUUUAAUAUUUUUGUUCAAGUAAUCUUUAAACAGUUUGCUUCAUUUUAUUUUAGCCACGUAAAGGGAGUUGUUUAGUAUUACAGCAUCAGGUACUAUUUAUUUUAUAAAAACAUGACACGUUUUCUGUUUUAUUCCUUCAUGUGUGAUAUUUUAGGGAUUCUUUUUGUUAAAUUUUAGUAUGGUGAAGACUCUAUCGGAAGCAAUUCGAGCAAUAAUGAUGACUCGAGUGAAGAGGAUGAAAAUUCUAUUUGCGAAUUCUCUGCUGAAAGUUUAAAUGAAAUUUCUGACGAGAACUUGCAAACAAUGUCAGAAGUUGAUGACUGUGAAGUGGAGAACCAUCCUUUAAAAGAUAGUUUGGACGAGAAAAUUGCUAAAUAUGAAACAGUAAAGAAAAACGACCUUGUGAAAGGAAGAAAGCACUGCAGGACCAUGUUUCUCGGUCUUACGCAUGUAUGUGAAGAAUUAAUGAAACGCAAAGAUUAUGAUAACGUGUCAAAAACGAAAACAUUUACAGCAAACGAAGUAAAAAGAUGCAUUAGCAAAAACGAAAAAAUGAAAGAAGCGUGCAAAGGAAAAGACGCCGACUACUGGAAAUAUUUAGUUUUAAAUAUGCGUGAGAAAUACCAAAGAGCUAUGAAAAGGGAAGAAUACUGCAAAUGUCGUCAGUGGUUAAAUGAAGCAAAGGACAUGAUGAAUCACUGGAAUACUUAGUGCCGUUUUGUCAUUAUUAUGUGGCACAAACCGUGAUGCAUUCAUCAAGCGUCCCACUCGUAAUAUCGACUCCCUAAUAUACGCUUUUCCUUAAUAUGUCCAUUUGUUUAGGUUUUUGGCGCCCCACUCAAAAUAUUACCUCCCUAAAACAAUUGCACCAAGAUAUAUAUUUAUCUAUUUCACUUUUUGAUUAAAGUAAAAACAGAAGUCAAUAGUUUAAAGAUAUAUAUAAAGAGCCCUGGCGCUUAAUCGAUGCAUUACGGAGCGAGUAGAAAACUUUUAGCUACGUAACUUUCCAUCGUUGACAUAUAUGCAUGAGAAACAAUGUCAUUUCGCUUUUAUUUUUUUUAUUAAGCGUCUCUCUUUCACAAGCUGAUCGGAUGGCUUACUUGUUGCUUGUUGACCAUCAACUUGAGAAUAUCAAAUUCACGCGUUAGCUUGCAGAGUUAAUUCACAAA